AACAUUUUCAUUCCACACAAUUCAACAACCUUAAUUCUUUGCUUCAAUCCUAUGAGUAUCUCAGAUUUUCUGGUCACUCCUUUCGGUGGAGCCGUGGAGAAUGCCGAGUUCCACUUGAGCAACCUCUACCUGCACAUCAACGACACCGAUCCAGAUCUCAACGAGCAGAUGAUAGCAGACAAUGCUGGCGCCGGUAAGUACGGCAGGACUUACGCGACAAGAUGGGCGAUACACCAUGGCGUCGACUCGGCUGCGGAACUUGUCGCGAGAGCUCCGGGCCUCAUCACCUAUGCUUCUGAUUCCUGGCACCAAGGCUUCACCAUCAACUUUCAGAACCAAAGGUUUAAGGGGUCGACGCUACAAGUGAUGGGAGUUGACUACGAUCAAGACGAGUGGGCUAUUGUUGGUGGGACGGGGGAGUUCGCUAUGGCACGUGGCAUCAUCAAGAAAUACCCGCAUUCGACGGCAAGGGGCAGAGUCGUAGUAAAGCUUAACAUCCAUGGAUUCUGCAGCAUGAAGCCGACACGCCUCGGCAUCCCCUAUCCCAGAAAGACACAAACAUGGGGUGGGAAUGUCGGUCAAACUCUCGAUGUCAUACCACAACCGUGGCGUCUAGAAAGUUUCAAAAUCCACGAGGACAACGGGUUCAUAAGCUCAUUCGCACUCAAAUACGUUGACCGAACUGGGUCCAUGUACUAUCUGGGUCCUUACUGGGGUGAUGUCCCUGGUACUACUAAGAUUACGCUGUCACCAUCGGAGACUUUGCAGCAAGUUCAUGGAACAUCUGAUAAUUACCGUGGUACCACUAUCGUGACAUCACUUACGUUUACCAUCAGCAACAGGGCAGCAGAUGAAACAUUCGGGAAGAGUUCAGGCACGGACUUCAGUCCUGCAUUGGCUCAAGACGAGUGCAUUGUAGGUUUCUAUGGACAAAGUUAUGGAAAAUUCCUCACUUCAAUUGGUUUUUACGUGCAUAAGUCAUCAGUCUACUAGUAAUGUGGUCGAUGGCUGUUGCUGUUCGGUUAAAGCGUUUAUCUUUAGUUCCCAUGUUGCCAAUAAGAUGGCCCUGUGCCACAUUUGCUCUUUAAUUAAUUCCUAUGUAUUCCAGAAACAAAUUAGGUGCCAUAUUUGCUUCUUUCAGUUCCUGUAUUCCAGAAACAAAUUAAUUCAAUGCCAUGUGUUUGCUUUCA